AACAGCAAGGCAGGCGUUGGUCUGCGUGGGGCGGAGCCGAUAUCAGCGGAGCUUAUGGAUUCCGCAUAAGCUAAGGACCAGAAAAACACGGGACGGAAACACGCAGAGUCGGACUGGUUGUCGGGCGCGCCUGCUACUUUGACAGGGCCCGUGGAGGAGCGAGAGGAGACGCAAGGUAGCAGCGGCUGGUGCGGGCAGACUCGGGGCGGCAGGCGAUCAGCGGGCAUCAGAGUUUCCAGGUUGAUUGUUUCAGGCCAGCGAUGGACCUUAAUUUCAGAGUCCUAAAAGAACCCAGAGGAUUCAUCAGAGUCCUGCAGUUUGUAUUUUCCAUAUUUGCUUUUGCAACCACAUCUGGCUUUGGGACCACGUCAAUUUUCUCGGUGACCUGCGCUGGAGCAACGACCCCGUUCAAAGUCAGUGUCCAGUUUGGAUAUCCAUUCAGGAUGUCCUACUUCCCCUUCCAAGUGCCCAGUUCCUGCCCUAUCACGCCUGACGACCGCAUCCUCAAGAGCAUUGAACUUCCCUUCAACUUUGCCAGCAAUGCAGAGUUCUUUGUUGCCACAGGCGUGCUGUCAUUCCUGUACUGUGUGGGCAUCCUUGGCAUUUAUCUAUUCUCCAGCAAGAUGUAUGCAGAGAACCAGACUGUCCCCAUUGUGGACCUGGGCCUGACAACACUGAUGACACUCUUCUGGUUUGCGGGCUCAUGUGCCUGGGCCCAGGGAGUGCGUGAUGUCAAGUUUUACAUGAGCCCUGACAACAUUUACAAGUGGCCUGCCAUUGACAUCUGCAGGGAUCCAGAGAAGGCCUUAUGUGCUUCGGAGUCAAGCGGAAGCUUUGCCACCCUGAAUGUGUCCUUGAUCUUGGGAUUCUUCAAUGUGCUCCUUUGGGUGGCUGGUUGCUGGUUUGUAUACAAAGAGACCAGCUUCCAUGGCCAGCGUCAGCAGCCCCCUGUUGGUGGGGCGGUGCCGCCGUUCCCGCAAUCUAAUGCCCAGUACCCGCCGCAGUCUCCGCCACCGAUCCAGAGCCCAACUUUCGGGACGCAGUACUGAGCCCCAGCACACAUUAAGCCCAAUGCACCUUGGCAAAACCCCGCGUUUAGGAGGCUGUGCACAGAAUACAGAGCGGGAAUAGCACGGAAUCGGGGUUGUAGUACACCGAGGCAAGCUGUCCUUAUCUGAUGCUCUUUGAAGAGUCUGUUAUAACAUUCAAGAUCUAGAGGAACCACAAGAUGGGGAUUUUGCGACAGCUAGACAAUGCGUGAAGAGCUCCAGUAUGGCAUCAACUGUGUGGAAAAAAAGGCAUAGAUGCCGAAAAGUCCUCUAGUAACGUCAAUACAUACACUACCCGUGCUCCACCUUGGCUCUCCUAAGGGCAGAGGUUGGUAUUGUGAACAAAGACAUGCAAGCAUAGGGCAUCCAUGUGUCUUUGUCUUAUUUCCCCACAUUAUUUACGCUAAAACUUGGUGGACUCUUCAUUUCAUGUGUCAAUUCUGAAGGGCCCAAUUUUGUGUAAGCUUGUUACAUUGUCUACGAAUUGCAAGAAGAGCAACAUGACAUUUUGGAGCUUGGUCUGCACAAAUCUGCUUUUUGCCAUGUUCGCAGAUGCCAUAUUGUUUCUCGUCGCCCUGUGUGAACAUAGGGCAUUGCAAAAAAGAGAGAGAGAAGGAAGAAGCAGAAAAGUGCAGCCUGCUGAGAGGGCCAGCAACUCCACUGAAGUGUUAGAAUGUUAGAAAACUGAAUUUUGUUGCAAGAGGGCACUCGCGCCACCCUCCUUCACUUGGGGUUUUGCCAAUGUGCUGGUGAUUUGACCUCUUCCAUAGGUUGCGCCAUUAUGUUUACAGUGUUUGUUUUCAUAUGGCACGUUCAUGAAUCAGGAGAUGCUUUUCCCAGUUGAUUUUUUUUUUUCUUUUGAAAACUGCUACACCCGCUGAAAAACAGAUUAGGCAUUGCUAUUGCAUUGCUUUAUUUAGGGAAAUGGCACCGCACCUGCACAAGUCAGAUGACGUCUGGAGCUUGCGCACCAAGAUUUGAAUGCUUGAGAGCCGCAAAGAUGUGCUAGACAUAAGCACACACACACAAGAUCUGUCUCUCUUGAAGCUUUACGUUUGCGUAGUGAAAUUUACCUUGAAUGUGUCCAUACACGCAACAACAUUUUUGCACAGCUAAUGUGCAGCCUACUUAUUUUAUACACUUAACUUUUUGGGUUGUGCUUUUCUUAGGUUCUUUGGCAGAGUUAAUGCAAGUUUUCUUUUUGUUUUCAACUUUACUAGCAGCUGCUGUGACUUCUUCUAGCAUGUAUGUGUGUUUUAUGCUCUGUGACACUAGACUUGUAUUAUAUUAGUCUUUUGUCUCUUGAGUUUCACUUGCUGAGGCCGUUUGUACAAGGAGGUCGAAAUUUAUUAACUGCCCACUGAGCUAAUUAAUGUAUCUCAUUUCACUGUUGCGUGCUAAAUGUUCAGCCUUAAUUUCACUGCAGCCCCCAGUUGUGCUCCAGAAGUUCAGGGCUUGCAAAUAAGCUGAUUUUUGGCAAUCUCUUGCCCUUUUAUUCUGUGAUGAUUUUGGCAUGUUUGUUUGCCAGAUGUCUAAAGUCUUGCCAUCUGUGCUCUGUAGUCAAACCUUAUCCCUUAUCUUGCAUUUUGUUUUAUCUACUUGUGAUUAACAUAGUUUCAGCCAGUUGUGGUAUUGAAGAUGAUGACAUCCAUAGCCCUUGUUUCGCACGGUGCAGUGGUAGAGAAGUUUUUUUCUUUCUUUUCUGUUCGACAUAGCAAUACAAAGUGACUUUGUACGAUGACACGUUAUAGGCCUUGCCUCUUCAGCCACUUAGGUCGCAAGCAUGAUUCACAAUGAUAGCGCAGCGAAAUUUGAAACUGCCAGUGAAUCGGCUUGCAGAGCGGACCUAAUACAUAGUAGGCAUGUGUGUGUUCGUAUACAUUAUUGGAGGGCAGAAAACACUGUUUCACAGGGCUCCCGGUGUUGGUAGACUAUUUUUGAUUCAUAAAACUCUCUUAACCGCUGCUGCAGUUCAUGAAUAAGAACACCUUUUAGCUGUGGGGGUAGAAGUUGUUCCCUAAUGCUAAGUCGGCUUCUGCUAACGCAGAGUUUCCCAAUACGGAGUGAGCUGCAGACGAACUAGUAUUAUACAUAAAGGGCCCGUCACCAGGUCUAGGCAUUGCUAACAGACAAGCACAGUGUGUAGACGACGUGCUGACGAUUGUGUGUGUAAAGUAUCAAACAUCCGUGCACUGCAGAAACAGACAAAAUUUCAAAUGAAAGCCUGUGCACCCUUUUUUUGGGAGCCCCGCUUCCUGCCAGAGAAUCAAGGUCACAUGCAUAAACACUUAUGCAUAAGACGUCACUGCAACGCCUGUAACGUCACUGAUUAUGGCCACGCUGUAACUGUCUAGCACAGUCUGCUUACACCUGAACUGCUGUCAACAGUAGGGAUGGGGUAGGGGAGUAAAAGGAGAGAGAAUAGCAGCAAGGGGAAUUUAGUAAAGAAGGGAACUUAUGUGACAGUUGAAUUUCUCCUGUUUCUAAUAACGAAGCAAUUUUAAAUAAUUCUGGUGGCAAGAUGCUCCUUAGAUGGCACUGUACAACUUCCAGUGUAUAACCAAAAAUUUCAGUGGGGCUUGGUUAGGGGUCCUUUGAGUAUGAAAACGGGGGGGGGAGUGACCUCUGUACAAUAAUGAAUUUGCCACAGCGUUUUGUCAAGAGAAGCUACCCGAGGGAGUUGACUGUAAGAUGUCUUGUUUAGCUGCAUUGGGGAUUCAAAGAAAGAUGGAUAGCUACACUUGGUUGAUAGCAAAUCACUGUGAUCAAUAUGUAUGCUUAGUGGUUUUAGUAGUAACCUUAGUGCCAUACACUUUUGGUGAUUUCAGAAGCCAGGAUGUAGCCAUCCAGAAACUUGGCCUUAUGUGAUUGAUUUGUUUUCUCCAGUGACAGACAUUUCCUUAAAUUAUUCAUCUUUUUCUAACUACUGCUGGUAACUAUUAUAGUGAGCUUUUCAUUGCUAUUUUGUUUAGCAUCGGACACUGUACCUGUUAAUAUCUCUGCUUUCGUUUACUCCCUCGGUUCACUUGUAUACGUGAAAAUCUUGCUAACGUGUUUUCCCGGUUAUAAUUGUAGCUGAAGUUCACUGUACUUGUGCCAUUCAGUAUGUUCAGAACAUUUGUGUAGUGCUUUCUCCCGGUUACAGCAUUCAGUUGCUGCUGUCCCAUGAAAAACAUGUUACGGGGGUUCUACCAUGUAUAUUUUAAACACAAGUGGGCACGUUUACACUUUAGCAUUUAUUUAGUUGUUCUGAAGAUCUGGUUGGUCAUCUGGCUAUGCUGGAGGUAACAAGAUAGAAACUACCUUUAUUGCAUUUGUUGUGAAAUGAGUGUUGUUGAGUUAAUGUAAAUAACUUAUCUAAAUCUGUAUUUAGGAAAGGGGUAUGCUAGCAGUGUAAGUCAAUGUAAUAUUGCAUUGAACAUCCAAGCUAGAGUGGCGCUGCUUUCGGAAAAGCAGAACGUGGGUUUCUUUCUUCUGUUUAUUAUUUAAGGAAGUCCUGCUCAUUCUUCUCUUCAGUUUGACAUCAUGCACAACAUGUUUACAGUUGAGUUGCAUCGAUCUGACUUCGACAAGAAACAGCAAACCGGUUUGGGCUCUUAGAUGUUCACUUUAGGCAUAUUAACAUGCACAGACACCAUUUGGAGCCUUCACAAGUAGUUGAUUGAGAAGGUUUGUUAUGUGCAAUACAAAAUUAGGUGCAUGAGAGGCACUUGCGUGUAAAAACCUUUUUCUUAUAUGUUCAUGAUUAAAAUGUGCUUCAAAACAACACUUUCAAAGUGUAAAACUUUUGCAGUGCGACAAGAAAGGUAAAAAAAGGACGAAGGAAGAAGUAUUGGAAGAAGACAAACGUGAGCGCUCGUGUUUGUCCUCUUGCAAUCCUUCUUCCUUCAUCCUUCUUUUACCUUUCUUUCCACACUUGAGUGCUUUGCACUGCAGAAAUUUUACCCCAUAGACUUAAAACCAAUUCGCCCACAUUGCUAUUCUUAUUCAACACUUUCAAAUAGAUUAUAUUAUGAAGGCUGAUGGUUUUCCAUUUGCGACAUUAACAGUGUAUAAUAAGUAUGUUUACGGUUCCCUAUUAAUAUAGUUCAUGCAUGCGAGACUGCCAUGUUACCUGUAUUGGUUGUGAUUGUUUUAUUUAGAUCUUUCGUAACUAAGUGAGUAUUUCACUCCAUUUAACCACCUUUUUUCUUGGUUGUGUAUGUAGAUGAAGAGCCAUAGUAGACUUUUGUUGUUUACCUCACAUGUUGCAUAUAUAGGUUGCAGAUCGACACUAUUGUCUAUGUCGUGCGACUGUUGUGACGACCUUGCUAUUAAUGUGCAGUGUACUUAUUUUUCAUAUGGCCCUCUAUGAAAUUUUUGCAUGGGGUGUUAGUUUUCACUCUGAACCAAGUUCUUUGAGUGUGGUUGACGAAGGAUUUGCUUUCUAGAGUAGUUGUGUGGUCGUAGCACCCUGUUACAGAUACUCACAGAUGUACAUUUUGGCACUAGUGAAAAUAUGUCAUCAGUACAACAUUCCAUUUUUUUUUAUUGUGGCUUGUACACCACACAAGAUCUGCAAAAGUUGCCUCAAGUAUGGAGGCCUUUUAUUACCUCCAUUAAUUAACUGUUCAGUUUGAUGUUAGCUGAAUGUGUUCAUUUAUCUUUUUUUGACUCCAUUUGUGCUAUUUACAAUCUGUGUGAGUGGGGUAAAACGAGUGCUUGGUUGGAAGCACUCAUUUACAGUCUUGAAUGAAGGAUGUAACAUUCUUCAACAGUAACUUUAUAGGUUGCCAUGAAUGGAAAUUAGACGACGUAUUGAAUGUGUGCUGACAAAACCAACAAUACGUGCAUAUUUCGUUGUCACGUGUUUAGUUAGUCUAAAUUCUUUUAUUUUUUUUUUUGCACUCUGUGUUAGAGAAACACAUAUGUUACAUUUGUGUGUAAUCACACCCGUAAUCUAGCUUAUGUAUAGCACUGUGGCAGCUAAGAGUCUUAAAGUCUGUGAGAUAAAAAAAAAAGGAGGGAGAGAAAAAGAAAUGUCAAGGAAGCUGCCAUAGAGAAACUUAUGCAUUGUUGACAUGCACAUGUGAGGAGUGCAUUUCUUUUUCACAUAGCUUUUUCAUGCACAUAAGGUUGACAGUGCAAAUGAAGGUGCUUGUGUUUAUUGGUCGUCUUGUUUGUUGAAAGUUCAAAAUCUGGUGCCAUUUGUGUGACACUUGUACAAAGGAGGCAAAUAUAUCCCCCUUCUUAGCUUCUUUUACAAAGAGCGCACCCAAUGAACAGCCAGCAAUAAGCAGUGGCUGCCAUGUAGGUUUUGUCGGUUAAGUAUACGGUGGCGACCCUGUAUGGGGGGCUUCAUUGGUGUUCCUAAUGACAGAGAGCUCCUAAAAUCUUGUACAUCCUAUUCUAACUUGUUACUGUUGCGUCGGAAAGUAUCAGUUGACUUCAAGACACACAUAUUCUGGUAGCAGUAUCAUAAUCUGGUGGCACCGAAAACCAAAGUGUCACUUUAGACAGCGUUAAUGUGCUUAAAUACAAGAAAGGCGUGCAUUGCUUGAACACAUUUGCUGUAUUCUAUGUUGGAGAGAAAUUGUACUUGAUUGGCACCAGUGCUGCUAUGACCAUUAAGUACAAAAUAAACAUUUGCAAAAGUUGUUUUCGAGCUUGUAAAAUUCUGAGCACUACAGAGGAGGCUUAACUUUAAACUGAGAAUGUGGUGCCUUCUGGUGAGGUUGCUCAUGAGGAAUGUGAAACAUUAUAAUUGAGUUAAAAAAAAUUAUUUUUUUGUUGAAAACUGCUAAGUGCCAUUGCAACCUGAAGUCACAAUUUUCUUUCCUGCAAGUCUUGUAAUUGCCUGUUUGUUUUCAUACCUUGCGCUAUUACCCCAUGGUACUUUGAUGCUUCUAAUGCCUGCCAUACCACCUGCUAAAUCCAAAAUGCUAUGCCCACUAUAAAACAGCGUAAAGGAUAGAUUGUUAUGGUCGCAGUUCUGGACAUUGCCUUUAGUGGUGUAACCGUCAAACCAAGCCCCCUAAGCAUGCAGUAUCUGCUACUAUUGACAAAAUACAAGACACCCUGUUAGGCAGAGCACAUAAGACUAUUGCUGUUUAGGAAGUGUGGUACUUUAGCGUUGUUGUGUAAGAAUGUGAGUGUGUGUGUGCAUGUGUGAGAACGCACAGAUGAGUGAAGAAAGUGAGAAAUAAUAUAUACAUUAUAUAGCACACUUCUUUUUGAAUGUUAAAUUGUUGGGGGGAAACUAAGGUAGCAACAAUGGACUACUUGAUGCACCGUGCAGCAUUAGAAUCUGCAGCUAUUUUUCUGUCCUAGCUUAGUGAAUCCUUUGCCCGGUGCAUGACCUGCAACACUGCGAAAACCUGAUGCACUACAAAGUGGGGUGCGGCCAGUAUGUAACAAAGAGAGCCAUUGCUUACUGCCACGCAUACAAUGUGCUUUGGAACAUAACCAGGAUUGCUGUGCAGAUCUGCAUUUCGGAGCGUUUGUGGCUGCGUUAAAAGUGCUUGGUCGUCCACCUUUCUGCGAUCCUCCAUGCACCUCACUUGUUUCAUGUUGGGUGGCAACAGCCGCCGUCUCUCUGCUGCUUUUGUAUGCCUGCGAGUGUUGUUGUUUCGUGGAUUCCCUGAGUUUUGUAAAACACUGCUCACAAGCAUGCGUGUAGGGCACACCGGUCGCGACACCGCUCGCGUGUCCAAAAGAGCGCACUGCCAGCUCUCUCUUUAGCUAUCUUACAUGCCUGCUGCUGUUGCUUUCGCUGUCACAGCCCGCUCAUGACACCACUACUCUGCAAACAUGCAAAUGGCUGGGAAGAAACAAAGCCCCGAGUGAGCACCGUGCCAGUCAGACAGCUCUGCCAUCUGAAGGCGACCAGUUCCAACUGACUGACCAUGAUGUUAUCAAAGUCCUACCGUGCUUCCAUUAUGCCUUGCCUAAUCUUGGCCACCUUUCUGUUCUGGCAAAUCUGUGGCGAGGUUUCUGAGAAAGAGGUUCUAUUCUCAUUUUAAUUCAUGAGAUUUCUUGCUGCUUUGCUUUCCUCACUGUUAGUUUCAAACUGUUUGGAGUUCAUGUGUUGAGAGGCUACAUCUUGUUGUAGCAUUACGUAAGAGUUACUGUUCAAGUUACUAAUGAUUCAUGCUUGUCAACUGUACCAAUUCAUAAUAGUCACUGUUGAUUAGUGGCGGCUGCAAUUUCCACGGCCCACGCAAAGUAUCGGCUUGCGUGCACUGUCUGAGACUUUCCAGCUCAGUGAAAGGGACAUUAAGAAGGAAAUAUGUCUUGUCUAGAACUUGGGAAUGUCCCUACAGUACCACUCUUUGUUGCUACAGGGUGACAAGUGCUUUGGAUAUGAACUUUACAUUCUAGACAUCUGCCAACUAGACGAUAUCAAAUGAGGAAAAUGUUUUGAGAAAAGUGAAAUGAUGUAUGAAAAAUUCCUAAGUGGCAUCUACAGCAUGUGGUAAAAAAACGUCUUGCAGGUUACUUCUGAAUGUAUCACACAGGGGAUCGGGUACAGUUGAUUCUCUCGGCUGAAAUGCUGGCGCCCUACACACCCAAACGUUGCACAAUGAUGGCAUUUGAUUACAUGUCUGUUGGACACUGAACUUUAGUACAGUAGUUUCCUGGUUCACCUGAACUGAAUCAGAAGUACGAGUUGUAUGAUGCAGUACCGCACCAAGAAAGCAGAUGGUUUUGGCUCAAAAAAACAGUGCUGCCAUCUGGAGGUCAAAAUGCUGGACAGUUACGCUUUUUUUUUUUAUAUAUAUACAGAUGGCAUCACCAUUUUCAAAGUUAGAAAGAUCUGACUUAGACCAGCACCAUGGCAGAUUAUGCUUAGUUAAGACUGAUUCUAGAUGAAAUGAGCUAGUACUGCACCAAAACUUCAUACUAUACAAGUAUAUACUACCCAGUGCAUUGUUGCAUGAAAUUUGAGCACAAAAGGGCCAGCUGUUUGAUCAGGGGAGCUUAAGAGACAAAACUUGCUACAUUCGCCUUUUCUGAAGAGUGCUUAAAAGUUGCACCAGAACGAUUCCUUAGCAAACAGUUUGCCUCUGCAUGUGUACAUUUGCAUAACUAAAUAUGACUGACUUGGAAUCUGCAAUGAAACUUUUCGCCAACGCCUGUGUUUUCUUAUUUCAGUUGACAUUUUGUCAUGUGAAUGGCAAUCCAUUGGGUGUGCCACUACACCGCAUGCGUAUAUAGUCUACAGUAUGUGUCGUGUGUAUGUGUUUGUCUGUUGUGUGCAUGAAUGCCAUAGAAAGAACCAAGUUAUUGCAUGCUACUUGUCUUUUUUUUUUGUGUGUGAGCCCUCCCAUGCGUGACCAGUGUUCAAAGCUGUCUCAGAGGAACCUGUUACUGUUGACACUCUUGACAGAUGUACAUAGUACAUAAUGUAAAUGUCCAAGAGAAUAUAUUACUGGAAAUAAAGCUUCAAAAUGUGAA